AUGGCUGCGGAUAUACACAGUCUCAAGGUGGCGUGUCAUAACACUUCCACAAGUAACUUCCUUGACGUUGUAAACGGUGUGUAUUUCAUUGAUAAAACCUUAUUGAUUGAGGAUUUACUAACUGAACUAAACAAGAGGAAAUCGCCAAAAAAACAACGAUAUAUUAAACUGUUGGCACCACGGAAAUUUGGAAAAUCCACUAACUUGAACAUGAUUAGGAGAUUUUUUCAAAUACCAGUGGGUGAAAAUGGUAACUUAUUGAAUGUAAAUAGCUCGCUAAAUUUCCAAGUGUUUGCCAACAACAACUUGAAUAUAUUUAGAAGAAAAGAAUUGUUUAUUAAAUAUUUCGGAACAUACCCCGUUAUAUUUAUAGAUUUAAAGGAUCUAAUAAAUAUUACAAGUUUUGAAGAUCUACUGGUUCGUCUAAGAUAUGUGAUAAAUACAUCAUUUAAUGAACACAAAUAUCUUUUACAAAUUAACAGUCUGUGGGCGGAACAUUUUCACAAGGACAGUUUUUCACUGUAUUUCAAUCCUAACAAAACAAACCUUCAUCAAUACAGCAUAUCUUGUUCAUUUUCAGUUUUAUCAAACAUUUUGCAUCAUUAUUUUAAAAAGAAAGUGAUGAUUCUUAUAGACGAUUUCGACUCGUUUGAAGAUUCGGUGGCUUGUAAAAACGAAAAGGAGAAGAAUAAAGUCAAUACUUUCAUGGGUAUAUUGUUUAGUGACAUUUUGUUAUAUAACAAACAUUUAUUCAGAGCAGUGCUAUCGGGAUCGGUAAAUCUUGGAAGAUUAUAUCUGAAAAAGGUUAGUAAUAGUGAAAAGCCUUACAUUGAUAUUGCGGACGAAACAGAGCGUUAUUCUCACAGCUUGUGGAAAUAUUAUGGAAUAUCCCGUGCAGAACUAAGACAUAUUUUGCAAAGAUUUAUGAAUGAAACAGAAAAAAUAACAGAAGCAGAAGAUAAAAUUUUAAGCUCAAGUGGUUGCAACAAUGGAUCUUACAAUGAAGCAAGUCAUCCAUGUAGUGUUUGGUCAGUAAUGCAAUACUUCAGCAAAUUAAAACCACAAACAAAAAUAUGA